AUGGGACACGGCCUGAUCCUGCUGCAGGUACUGUUGGUGGCGCUGGGGCCACCCCUGGGGGUCCUCGGAUCAGAGAGGAGACUCCGCACGCCCCCCCCCCAUUUCCUGUACCAGGAGAAAGCCGAGUGCCGCUUCGCCAACGGGACCGCAGGGGAGGUGCGCUACCUGGAGAGGUUCAUCGACGGGCGGCAGGAGUUCCUGCGCUUCGACAGCCGCCGCGGCUGGUUCGAGGCCGUCACCGAGCUGGGCGAGCGUCAAGCCCGAGACUUCAACAGCCAGAAGGACUGGAUGGACUACGAGCGGUCUGUGGUGGACCGCUUCUGCCGUCUCAACUACGACGUGUUCGCCAAAGGGCUCAUCCUCAGCAGGACAGCUGAGCCCCUGGUGAAGAUCUCCCCCACCAAGGGAGACCCCCUGGCCCACCACACCCUCCUGAUCUGCACCGCGGCAGGAUAUUAUCCCCCUGGGAUUGACAUCAAGUGGCUGAAGAACGGGCAGGAGCAGACACAGGGGGUGGGAUACGAUGAUGAGAUCCAGAACGCAGACUGGACCUACCAGUACCAGGCGAUGCUGGAGACGGUGCCUCAGCGGGGAGACGUCUACGCCUGCCAGGUGGAGCACAAAAGUGUGAAGGAACCCAUCAGCGUGCAGUGGGAGCCACGGACGUCGGACUCUGCCAAGAGCAAGGUGUGGACGGGGGCCGUGGGGGCCGUUCUGGGGCUGGUCUUUGUGGCCGUGGGGCUUUAUCUGUACCUGAAGAGCAGGAAAGGUGAGGGGCUGGAGGGAGGCUGUUCAAAGGAGGGGGGCCUGGGGGGCGUCUCCCGUGGCCGAAUCCCGAUCGAGACGGCCUCAGGGGCAGGGUGCAAAGAGGGGGAGGGAGGUGCGCUCUGUCUGGGUGGCGCCCGUGCGCCAAAGCCCUCCACUCCCUGCAAGCAGAAAGCCAGCGCCUGUGCAGCCCCGCUUCUCCGGCUGCCCCCAACACAAGACGCGCUCCCUUUCAGCUCUUUGGGAAACCCGGCGGCUCCCCUGGGGCUGGAGGAAGCCUGA